AUGUAUGGAAAUCAUAGAUUUACCCCUGAUUCCAAAGAAUUCAAUGCUGUCGUCAAGAGUAAGGAAUUUUCCACUAGCAGAAAUCCGUAUCAGACUCCACCUUCAGAGUACAACAGCAUCCAUCAUCAGACGAAUCACAUCAAAAGAAAGACAAAUCUAGCAAUCACCAUAUCAAAUUUCUUGUCUGAGAUCAGUCGGCCUCUUUCAAAUGGCAAAAUCAACAACUCCACCCACAACAUUUUGAAAUUUUUGAAUGAAGUACUUAAGAGAUCAAAGUGUAGUAAAGAAAACGCUAUCUUGGCCACUUUCUACUUCCAAAAGAUUUACCAAUCAAGAGAUGCCCAGAAUGAGUCCUCGUUGCCUGAAUUUUCGCACUGUUCCCGGAGGAUUUUUCUCUGUUGUCUUAUUCUGUCACACAAAUUUUUGAACGACAAUACCUAUUCGAUGAAAAAUUGGCAAAUUAUAAGUGGGCUUCAAGCCAAGGAUCUAUCUCUCAUGGAAAGAUGGUGUCUGGGUAAGCUUAACUACGAGCUGGCCGUUUCAUAUGAUGAGCUUUUGCUAUGGGAAACAAACACUCUAAUGAAAAAGAAGUUUCGUUCCGGAACUCCCGCCAACGCUCCGGUGAAGAGACCCAGAGAAUCUGAUCAUGAUUGCGAUGCGCAUUCUUGGAAACUAAUUAAAUCUUGUUAG